GCGCAGAGGCGUGCGUCUGACGUCACAGCAGAGGGAACGGGCACGCGUGCUGCUGCAGAGGUCACCACAAACAUGAGCCCUAAAGCUCUAUAACGGAACAUUUACACACUUUACACCCGGGAUUUUACUUGGAUUUUAACCUUACCGCCUUUGACAAACCCAAACGUCAAUCUACAGCACGUUUGAAGUAGUGUCUUUGUGAAAAUCCGACUGAAUUCUCAACAUUUCGACAUCAGGAGCUAGCGGCUAACAUUAGCAUUAGCUCCACACCGGCGCCUCGCUCGCAUUUGGCCUGAUUUUUUUGUAAUUUUUUUGGUGUUUUGGCGUCUCCCGGUGAUGGAUAACAGCUCUGCGGGCUCUGGGGGCUUUAAGGGCGGCCUGGGGGGGUUGUUCAGUGGAGGAUCCCCGGAGUAUUCAAACACGGAGAUGUCUGGAGUCCCGUUGACGGGGAUGAGUCCUCUGUCUCCUUACCUCAAUAUCGACCCUCGGUACCUGGUCCAGGACACAGAUGAGUUCAUUUUACCGACCGGAGCAAAUAAAACCAGAGGAAGGUUUGAACUGGCCUUCUUCACCAUUGGAGGCUCUUGUAUGACGGGAGCUGCUCUUGGGGCGUUAAACGGCCUCAGACUCGGCCUAACGGAGACCAGAGACAUGGCCUGGUCCAAACCCAGAAACGUGCAGAUCCUGAACAUGGUGACGAGGCAGGGCGCGUCGUGGGCUAACUCUUUAGGCUCCGUAGCGCUGUUGUACAGUGUGUUCGGAGUGGCCAUAGAAAAAGCCAGAGGAGCAGAAGACGACAUCAACACGAUAGCAGCUGGAACGAUGACCGGAGUCCUGUUCAAAUCGGCCAGUGGUCUUAAAGGGGCGGCGCGCGGCGGUCUGGUGGGCUUGGCUCUGUCUGGGGCCUACGCUCUUUAUAACAACUGGGACCACAUCACCGGCUCCUCCUCCCCGUCACGGCUCUACUGAACAAGCACUGACGUUUAAAACAUGGAGAUUUACACCUGCUUAAAGGGGCGGGCCCAACAACGAAAACAAAACAGAAGAUUCGAUGCUUAUUUUUAGUUAUUUUCAGUUUAAAGGAAACCAACAUUGCAAAAUAAUAAUAAUAGCAAUGCAUUAGUCUGGUGUAGUUUGCGCAUUAUUCACUCUCUACACAUUCCGAGCUGGUAACAUACUAUUGUAGCCACAGUUGCCCAGGGACAGACUGACAGAAGUGAGGCUGUCUGUCCUAAUAUUAUUGUUUAAAGAGGGUGUAUUUAUGCCAAAUGGGCUUUUUGGAGCUUUCUACCAUGUUAAAAGUGGUUCCCUCAUCAAAAACAUGCCUGAAGAGGUUUUAGACGUCAUCCACGCAUGUUUGAGUAAUCUGGCGAUCUCUCCCGGGCCCUAUUCAAACCCUCCGUAUGGUUAGCUGCAAGAUUCAGUACAAAGCUCCGCCCCCAAAAGCCUACGUCACCCAUGCUCCCACACGACAAUUCUCCAUAAAUGCACAAAAAUACGAUAAGAAUAUAGCAUUUUCAAAACAAUAAAAGGAAACACGGUGAUCUAAAUGUUUUGUGUUGGCAGUUAAAACCCCACAGAUGUAAAAUACUCCCCUUUAAGAGCUUUAAACCAUGUUCUAAUGGUUCCCCCUCGUCCUUUAGCUCACUUAAAGUCACGGGUUUAACCAGUGAAGCGUGAACCCUCAGAGGCCAAUAUGAAGCUACUUGGGAAAUUUAAAUCGUGACCUAGAAUCUAAAAUAAUUGUGAAUUUCGUUGCCAUGACGCCCACCCCUUCUUUACCGAGGGCCAAACGAACUGGACUGAAAAAAAGAUGGCCGCUCGUGCAGUGGUCUCAAAACAGAGGAACGAUAAAGAGGAUCUGUGAAUGUGAAGUCAUGUUAUAUGGACUUUGGUAUAUAUAAGAUUAAAUAAUUAUUCAAAACUGGAGUUACAGUGUGUUAAUAAUGAAAAUGAGAAAUGAAGGUUAAUAAAAGUAUCAGAAAUC